GGAGUAAGGUCAUGAUCUUGGAUGACCAAUUCCUUAGUAUAUGUGCUAUCCAGGGUUUUACAGGGACUGCCUGUUAUGUUUGUUCCUGGGCAAACUACCUGCAUGGUUUGCAGAAACUGAAAUUGGGAUCGAGCCCAGCACAGAGAAAUGGAUGAACAAACUCUUCAGGAGCAAUGGCUUCCGGGUGGGACAUAAUUGUGAAGUUGCUGGGAACUUAGGCAAGGAAGUAGCACCAGGAGAGUACAAGAAUAUAUAUUAUUGGUUGCAGACCAAGUGCAAUUUUCAGAUGAUCAUGUGUGGCAACUUAUUUAUGAUUCUGAAUAUAAAGCACUUACUGUUGGAUUUCGUGGUUUUGCUUGAUAAGGGAGGAGCCUAAUCAUUAAAUACC